UACAGUUUGUUAUUAUUUGUUUUUCACUCUGCCAUUUGUUUUGCACGCUCUCAGAGGCGACGACUUUCUCGAAUUGCAAGUGUACAUUUUAUGAAACGAAGUGUGUGCAAGGCGAGCCGCAUUGCAGAUGGCAGUGUGUGUGAGUUCGGCGUGAACGCAAAGUGCGCUUUUUACACCGCAACCGUGGGAGAUUUUAACCAAUGCAAUUCGUAUUUUGCCAACAGCAUGUUGCGUGUGGAGCUCUGAGUUCGGGAACACCAGGCACAACGUGAGACUCCAGACAUGGAUGCUCAGUUCGAGCACUUGUGCCGCAUUUGCGCUGCCAACACGAAGAGCAAAACCAACUCCGUGGUCGAGAGUGUGUUUAUUUUCAAGACACAAGGACUGAGGGAUAAAAUAUCGAGGCACCUCUACCUAAAUGUGGCUGAAGACGAUCCCCUGCCCAAGGUGCUCUGCAAGUCCUGUUACCGACAGGUGGAGGCCACGGCAUCGCUCUCGAAUAUAGCCAAACACACUCAGCUCGUGUUCCGCGACUUUCUACUGAGCAAUCUGCCAAAGAAUGCGCGGGAAGCAGCUGCCGCUCGAAUAAGCGUGCCGCCGCCGGCCCCCCAAGUCCCAGCACUAAACGAGGAUAACCAAGCCCAGAUCGAUGAAUUCCGACCUAUUAUGCUAACCCGUGUUCCGGAGACUACCAUCACAGUGUCCAAGCCCCAGGCGGGCGGUCGCCCUCAGGAAGAACUCGUGGUGGCCAGUAAAGGAAGGGAGGCUGCUGCAUCUUCUGGCAUUGGCAAAGCCCCUGGAACCGUAAAGAGCAAUGUAACUCCGACUCGACGCAACAGCGUUUUUUUGGAUACUCGGUACGGCUCGGCCCCAAUGUCGAUCGCACAGCGCUCCAUGCAGCAUGUUCCCUCCUUGGUGCCCCUGAAUUUCGAGCCGUCAGCUUCCAACGCAACGAAGAAGACCCCAGAUACAAAACUAUCGCCGGCAGGAGUAAUUAACUUCAUUCAGACUCAUGGACGCAUAACAGGCAAUGUGCCUGUGUCCGGAAAAGACGACAACACCGGAAUAAGCCAUCGGGCGGACACCAAGAAUGCGACCACCUCAACCGUUUCUCCCAUUUCUAACGUCGGCAGCGUAGGAAUGCCUAAUCUGUCCAGUAACGUGUUUCAGCAGAAAAGCAGAAAUCUUAAAAAUACAUUGAACAACAUUAAAGCCAUGCGUAGCGGUCAGGUAUCCCUGCUCAAGUCGGCGCAGAAUCGAACCCCAGUUGAGGAUAUUAGGCCACUGGUUACAACUACCCUGGUGCCCCAAUAUGGGGGAGAGCCUUCUGUGGAGGAAGCACUGCCGGAGCACAUGAUCUUUGCGGCCCCAAAGAAGAAACGGGAGGAUGAAGAAGUAACAAUUCAAGCGGUCCCGCAAAAGCUAAAGAAAACUAUACCAAGUACAUCUAAGACGAUGUCGGCGACACUUGACUUAACCUUAUCGGUGGACUCGCAAGCCUCAUCCCCGUCAAAGUCAAUGCCCAGUGUUAAAAGCCUCACUGAUGCGAUUUCCCUGGGAAGCGUCAUAAGAGAUCCAGACUUGUUGAUGCUCAUUCUCAAGGCACUGAAGUGGCCGGUGACAUCGGAAAAUUGCGAUGAGCAAAUGACACGUUUAAAGAGUUCUAAGUUCGCUGUUAUUAUGUCUGACAACAAUCUCCUACAAGACACGGAUCUGACUCAACUUUUAGGCCCGUAUUUGGCCCCCAUGCUGCCGGUUGUCCAGCAACAAGAUCAGAACUCACUUCCUUCAGCUAUCUUGUCCACACCUACGACCACUUCCACGCAGGCGGCAAAAGACGUUCUGAAGCUGGCUGACUUAUCCAGCGCAAUGCCUUACAAACUACCACCAGAAACGUCGGUUCAGUUAGUGCCUUCCAGUCCCACAGAGCAGGAGCCACCGCCACCACUGCGACACAAGAAGGCUGUUAGCGUUUCAACGGUGAAACGUCAUCAACGAAAGAUGCGUGUUCGCGAUUUACCGGCUGGAGACAAGUCGACCUCGUCAACUUCAAAUGCAGCUCAUGUAAGCAACGAAUUGUCAAAUAUCAAUGCUAUGCUUAUUUCGCAAUUCGGAUCAAAUCCGGCCGAUGCGCUGAACGAGGCGCUUAUCUCAUUGCUUAAGCAACAGCAACACGAAUCGAAAGAUCAGCGUAAUGCUCGCCGGCGUCGUAGUGUUUCAUGCAGUGUAGUUAAUUUAGAAGAUAUUGUACUGGUCGAGCCACAACCGCCGCUGGAAGCCGAUCCAGAGGUUGUGGUACAAGUCGAGGACAACCACUUAUCACCGCAAGCCCAACCAGCAAUAGCUGCAGGAUUACGACGAAUUACGAAAAGGCGCAAGACCGUUACUCGGGCUCCAAAGCAGUCUGAAUCCGUUGUGCCUAAAAAGAGCGAACCACCGAGUCCAAAAGAUAUAUGUCCCAGUAAAGAACCAAUUGUGCCAAGGCAGUCGAAAAAAAUGGUAACUGAGGGAGAACCGUCAAGUAAAGAACUUACAAAUGAUCCGACCCAGGCACCUACGAGCACCGUUCCGGAAUCCACAUGCGAUCCCAAUCCUAUAGCCACAAAUGCAGAGAAGCAUCCUAAAGUGGCUGAGUCCGGCCCAGAUAAUGGAGCCAGUGAGGAUACCGAUGAUGGAAAAGCUGGUUCGGUAAGCAAUCGCAAGUCGGAAGUAAAGGCUGUGCUCGGCCAGAAGCUUCUGGAGGCUAUUGGUCUCCCUCAGAUGGGAAAGGACGUUGCGCCUGAGAGCUCGCGCGAUACCCUCAGAAGUGCGCUAAAACGCUCUAUAAAACAGGCUCAGGAACAACAGCGUCAGCUAAAGCGGGGCAAACAUGAAGAACCUGUGAAACAACUGGCCGAUUCUACGACUAAGCUAAGUGCGGCCGAAUCUGCAGAUGAGCAUAAGAAAGCCAUUGCCGAACGAGAGCUUGCCCUGUUGAGUCGUGGUUCAAAAGCUGGGGAAGAAAACAAGAUUUCCGUUAAAGAUGACAAGUCGGAGCGGACUGAUGUCAGUUCAUCCUCAUCACGAAACCGCCGAAGCCGUAAAUCGAAGACGGAUGCCACAGUCGAGGAUUCUGGCGAUGAAGAAAAAAAAACUAAUAGGUGGGAUGAAGAUGACGACUUGCCAUUGAAGACAGAUACAGAAAAAGCUUCAGAACGGAGUAGCAGCAGCAGCAGCAAUCGCCCGACCCGCACAAGCAAAACCUUAUCAAAGUAUUAUAAGGGUCCAUCUCCUAAAUCGCAGCAUGCAAUGGGUACGCGCUCAACACGGCAGCGCUGAAAUAUUCUUUGCCGAAAAAUUUUGUUUCACGUAUGAAAUAUGUGAAUUUAUUUUUUGAAAAUUUAAAAUACAUAGCCUAAAUCCCUUCAUGAUACAAAUUUAACUGUGUACAAUGUACACACACAUUUUAAAACUAUUUUAGUUUUAUUAACACUAAGAUAAACAAUGUGUGGAGAUCACAAACCGUACUGAGUCAAGAAUAGUGCAACUAUUUAAAACGUAAGAAGUUGUCGUGUACUCUUAUUUUGGUUUUAUUCAGCACUUAUGUACUUCUUGAAUUUUUGUAUUUAUAAAAAGUACCUUCUAGACUCUGAAAACUGAAAAGCUAGAAUAUGCUUUUAAAAAGCAGAAUGGAAAAUAUGUGAAGUUUAUUGGUUUACACACUAGUAAUAGACUAUUAUUUAAGCUGUUCAGUUUUAAUAUUAAUUAGAGUUUGCUUUCAAGCCGUUUGCAAUGAAUUUGUAGCGACAACAGAUAAUG